AUGCAAGACAAACCACAAAAAAAUGGAGGUGAUAAACCUAAUAAAAAAUAUUUGAUAACGAAAGACAUGGAAACUAAAACAAAUACAUCGAAAGCAAAUACACAAAAAUACAUUGAUACAAUAAAUUUGCUGCCUGCUGUAUAUGUGGAUGAAUGUGCUUUCAGCUGUUCAGAAACUGAUGUCAAUGGUGGAGAUGUCGAUAAUGAUAAACCUGCAGUGAGUCUAGACAAAUACAAAAAAAUACCUUUGGAUACUCUAGUUAGCGUAAAAAAGGGUAAAAAAGGGAGUCAGACCACCAAAGUUACAAAACUAGUAACUUUACGACGAGGGAGUUAUUGUAAAAGUGAUGCUGACAUUUUAAAAGCUUUAACUGAUGAUAAUGUUUACUAA